GAAUGCCAGCAGCACGGAGUCCUUGAUUGCUUGUGAGCAUCAGUGGACGACGAUACUCCAAGGCAUGAUCUUUGUGCCUACGGAAGCGCAGGCAGACCCGACACCGGCGGAGGCAGAGAGAAGUAACCUGGCUAACUUGCUGCUGGGCAUGAUGAGAGGUAUUAUGUGGAAUAAUACACUGCUGCAUUCACAUCUGCGCACGGACGCGAUGCAGCGACAAACAUACAAGAACGAUAUGACUGCGUUAACAACUGCUAUCCGCACAGAGGCAACGCAGCAGCAGCAACAGCAUCAUCUGUUGAAUUCCACUCUCACACGCAUCAACAGCAUAGAGGCUAACGCCUCAGCAGCGCCAGGCUGCACGACAGACGUGACGAAGCAACUCAACGAGCUCAUCGAUCACGUCGUCACCAUCAUCGGCGACAUAAGUACUUUCAACGGACCAGACUCGAUCGGCAGCACGGUGGCCGCCAUCAAGACGGACAUCACCAAGCUACAGACGAGACCGGAARCCGCUACAAAGACGUUCAAGAUGCCGCACUUCGACAUCAGCAAGUUCGAUGAUAACAACAAGUCGGACGCCUUGUCAUGGUGGCAACGCUUCCUCACGGAAGCAUCAUGCCGCAUGGUCCCGGCGGACGACAUGUUGAAGGCAGCAACCUGUAGUGCCUUGAUUGAUUGUGGAGCGUCUCGCAACUUCAURAGUCAAGCCUUUAUGGCCCGCGCAGGUCUUGGCCCGCGCGUUCGAAGAAAGACGCAACCUACGCAAGUUACACUCGCGGACGGCCGCACACAAAAGUCAAUUGUCCGAUGCGUCGACGGCGUUCUGGUCUACUUUGCGCCACUUGCGUGCGAGCCGGUGUCUUUUGACAUUCUCGACACCAAGUUCGAUAUGAUUCUAGGCAUGUAUUGGUUGCGUAGCGCCGAUCAUCCGGUGAACUUCGAUGACCGAGCCGUUCACAUCCGUGAUCGGAACGGAGUGUUAGUCCCAUGUACGGUCGCGACCCCUCACACUUCGAUUGCUUGUCACAUGGUUUCCGUUGCGCGGAUUCGCGACGCCAUUGCUCGGAAUGACGUCGAGGAGAUGGGCCUUGUAUUCUUGCAUGCUCUUCCCUCGCCGGACGGACCAGCUGCGUCACCGCCGGACCCACGCAUUUCUUACCUCUUGGACGAGUACAGAGACGUCUUCGAGGCUCUCACAGUAACGGUUCCGGAUCGGCCCAUACGUCACGGGAUCACUCUCGAGGCUGGCGCUGUCCCUCCGCGUGGAUGUAUCUACCGCAUGAGCGAAGAGGAACUCGAGGUGCUUCGCGCACAACUCGAUGAUCUUCUCAACAAGGGUUGGAUUCGCCCUAGUUGCUCGCCAUACGGAGCACCUGUUAUCUUCGUCCGUAAGAAGAACAAAGAUCUACGGUUAUGCAUCGACUAUCGGAAACUAAACGCACAAACCGUAAAGAACGCCGGCCCUCUCCCUCGGAUUGAUGAUCUCCUUGAGCGGUUAGGCGGCGCGACGUACUUCUCGAAGUUGGAUUUGAAGUCAGGUUACCACCAGAUUGAAAUCCAGCCUCAAGACCGGUACAAGACCGCGUUCAAGACGCGGUAUGGGCAUUUUGAGUGGGUUGUCAUGCCAUUUGGCCUCACCAAUGCCCCCGCAACGUUUCAAGCAGCGAUGACUAUUGAGUUUCGCGACUUGCUUGAUCGCAGCGUCCUCAUAUACCUUGAUGAUAUCUUGGUUUAUAGUAGGACGUUGGAGGAGCACAUCGUACACCUUCGCGUUGUUUUGAAUCGUUUGCGACUAGCCAAGUACAAAGCGAAUCUCGAAAAGUGCGAAUUCCCCAGGCAAGAGCUUGAGUACUUGGGCCAUUUUGUCACGCCGAAAGACAUUCGUCCCUUAGCGGACAAGAUCCAAGCCAUUGUGGAUGGGUCGGAACCCCGUUGCACGACGGAUGUAUGCUCUUUCAUGGGAUUGGCUGGAUACUCGAAAGUGACCGCUCCUUUGUCGAGACUUCAGUCCCCGAAGGUUCCCUUCGAGUUCGACGACGCAGCCCGUGGCGCGUUCACUACGUUGAAGGCAGCGAUGCAAGCYGCACCUGCCCUCCGUAUAUAUGACCCCACCCUACCCWYCCAAGUGACURYSGACGCUUCGGGAUACGGUAUUGGUGCGGUGUUGGAACAGUGUCACGAGGACGGUUGGCAUCCGGUUGAGUACUUCUCCCAGAAGGUGCCUCUCGUCAACAAUCUUGAUGAUACUAGGAAGAAAGAGCUAUUCGCGUUCGUCACCGUCCUCAAACGGUGGCGCCACUUUCUUCUCGGUCGUCGGUGUUUUAAAUGGAAUACGGAUAACAAUCCGUUGACAUUUUACAAAACGCAGGACACGGUCACUAGUACGAUCGGUUGAUGGAUGUAUUACAUCGACCAGUUCGAUUUUGACCAGUGUCACAUUCCCGGUCCCGCCAAUCGAGUUGCGGACGCCCUCUCACGACGGCCCGACUUUUGUGCCAUUGUGACCACGACAUUCGACCUCGAUGACGAUCUGCAGCAGCAUUUCGUCAAAGGCUACAAGUCCGAUCCGACUUACUCUACGCUUUACACAGAGC